AUGAACGGCCUCACAAUCACCCCGUUCAUAGCCAAUCUCCCCAAGGUCGAACUCCACGUUCACAUCGAAGGAACCUUAACACCCUCUCUCCGCUGGGAACUGGCUCACCGGAACAAAGUCUCCCUCCCAUACGCUACUUUCUCAGACCUGCAAGCCUCCUAUGCAGUAACCCUCAAUCACAGACCCGAGCUAAAUGGCCGCCAACCAGGCAUCCCAACCUUCCUGGAAGCCUAUUUUGCCGGGUGCAAAGUUCUCCGCACAGAAACCGACUUCUAUGAUUUAGCCAUGGCCUACCUGCGCCGGUGCGCGGUCAUGAAUGUGCGCUACACUGAACCCUUCUUCGACAUCCAGGCACACACACGCCGCGGAAUCCCCGCAGCAGCCGUUAUGGACGGGUAUAUGCGCGCGCAACACGAUGCCGCUGUGCAGCUGGGUGUGCAUUCGCGCUGGAUCUUGUGCUUCUUGCGUGACGAGCCUGUCGGGCAGGGUCUGGAUGCUUACCGUGAGGCGAGACCGUGGGCUGCUGGGACUGUUGAGGGUGGGAAGGGCUUGUUUCAUGCUGUUGGGUUGGCGAGUAAUGCGUACGAGAGGCCGCCGAUGCUUUUUGAGGAGGGGUUUGCGUUGGCGCGUGCGGAUGGCUUGCAUGUUACUAUGCACUGUGAUUUUGGACAGAAAGAUACGCGGGAGCAUGUUACUGAAGCUAUUUUUGAGGUUUGUGCGGGUAGAGGAGCGGAGAGGAUUGAUCAUGGGUUGGAUGCGGAGGACUCUGAGGAGUUGUGGCGUGGGUUGGUUGAUAGGGGGAUUGGGUUGACUUUGUGUCCGCAUGCUUACCAUCGGAGGACGGCGACUGAGGUUUUGUUUCCGAAGAUUCGGAGGUUGGUGGAGAGGGGGGUGAAGAUUUGUAUUAAUAGUGAUGAUCCGACUUUGAUGCAUGAUGUUUGGAUUGAUGGGAACUUGCAAAAGUCGGGGGAGAUGGUGCAGCUUGCAAGGAAUGCGGUGGAUAUGUGUUGGGCUGAGGAAGAUAUCAAAAGGGCUAUCUAUCAGGAACUAGAUGGUGUUGAUAUUUGUGAAUAA